CAUAAAACCAAGAGAAGAAGAAGAAGAAGAAGAAUGCUUUUGAAAUGAUAACAAACCCCGCUGGCCUUCUGGCUGUUUUAUUAACCAUAUAAUUGAUGUAUAAUGCUGCGUGUAUUUUAAAAUCAACGAGACUCGCCAUUGUGACAGAGUCGUGAAUGAGCAACGAUGAGGCGGAAAGCUAAAAGCUGAAUUCAUCAAACCUGGGGACUCUUACUGGUCCCUAAGAACCAACUUUGGACACCAAUUGCUCCAACUUGAACCAGCUCUCUUUGCAGGCUGGUCGUUACAGCUGGGGACAUGCUGGGACAUGCUUGGCCUUUUAAUGUGAGACGACGUGCACCAUCAUGGAUGACUCGGACCAGGAUUUUGUAGAUCUCUGCUCAAAGCUGCUAAAACGAGUCCGCAAGAAACCAAGUGAGUCCAGACAGGCACGGAAAGCAGAGCAUCAGCCCUCCAGUCAGGCAAGCGGUGGAGACAGAAGAAAAAACAAGAGAGCUGCAGACUCUGGGUCUGCGUGUGCUGGGACCCAGCCUGUUUGUACUGGUGCAGAUGCAGAUGAUCAUGUGGUCUGUGGAGGGACUGGACAUGAUUCAGGAGAUGCCGAGUCGUCGGCUGUGCCAGCAGCAGCAGCAGCAGAACCGAGUACUGAGAGAGGUUUGGCGGCGAAAGACAAAGUACUGCACAGAAUGCAACAGUUCAAGAGAGCCAGUCCACAGAGGAUGGUACACAAUGACAAGAGCAGGCCAGCAAAACAUGAGAACGGCUGUGUCCCUCCUCCACCUGUGACUCAUAGACAAGAGUCUUUCAGCCCAGAUCUCCACCCUGAAUCCCUGGACAGCGAUGAAGCUCUGGCCCUGCGGCUGCAGCAGGAGCUGGACAGGGAGGCAGCAGAGGCCCAGACGGUGGACCUGGAGGACGGAGGCCUCUUCUUCUGUCAGAUCUGCCACAGAGAUCUGUCACAUAUGACACCUGAGGGGCGAACACAGCAUCUCAACAGGUGUUUGGAUGAGAGUGAAGAGAGUGCCCCAGCCCCCCCUCCUCCGCCUCCUGGUGUGCCUGACUGUCCCAUCUGUGGCAAGAAGUUCAAGUCCCAGAAGAGUCGCUCGGCCCACCUGAAGCGCUGUUCCGCAGACAUGGGUGUCGCUCCGGUUGUGCUGCUGCAGGCUCUGCAGAGACAGACUGAGGAGACCCACAAUGUCCCCACUGCUAACACACUCACACAGACUGGUGGCACUAAAAGAAAAUGCCCAUCCAAGCCAGGCCUACCAGUGAGGAAGAAGCCCAGGAAGAAGACUGCACCCCUGGACGAAGACACCAUGGUGGCCUUGGCUCUAUCCUCCUCCCUGCUGGAACAGGAGCAGCAGAGCGAGAGGGAGUCGGAGAGGCACUCGCAAACAAAGAUGGCUGCCUCUCACAUCUCCAUGAAUCCAGCGUUGAAGUGGAGGCCAGACACAGGUCUGCAGGUACAUCAUCUGACCCCCUCUCUCUCCUCUGCUCAUCUUGGUGCAGGUAAGGGGCGCGGAAAGAGGAAAAAGGGCGCCAUCCCUCGUCCUCCUCCGCUCCUCCUCGUUCAGGAUGCCGAGGUGGCUCUGGCGAGGCUGCAGGAACGCGUUUCUGCUCUCCUCCUACGCAGUCGGCCCCCCUCUCCCCCCACCCCGACCCGCUGCCCCAGCAGUCUGCCUGGCUGGAGCGGUGCUGCCCCCCUCUGGCAAAAGAGCACACUACAGGGCCGAGCCUCCACCUGUCUGUCUGAUUUCUACACUCCAGCGCUCAGAGAGUUCAUCACGCCUUGGGAAUCAGCAACGACUGAUGCAGCCACCUCCAGCACCAUCAACAAGCCUGCGUCUUCUGUCCAACCUGUGGGUGAAGGAACUCCUGUCCCAGGGACCAGGGCCUCCACGCUGCCCUCCUCCUCCUCUCAGACGGCUCCCUCCACCCCGGGGACUGGGCAGCUCCUGAUGGACCUGAUGGAGCUGGCUGAAGACGGUGUGACCCUCACCCAGUAUGGUCACACUGCUUCGGGCCCUGACAAAGACAAGCGUGCCAGUCAGAUCACAAACGUUCGUCUGAGCGGCUUCGUGGUGGAGGAGUCGGAGGAGCAGGCUGACCUCUGUGCGAGCGGCUUCCUGCCAGAAACGACACAUUCAGAGGCCGCUCGCAGCCGAGCGACGAGGACGGUGGAUCAGCCAGGGGCAGACAAAGAGCGAAGCAGCCUCCGAUCAGUGGCACUAUCCAGACUGGCAUCAGAGCUGAGCAGCAUGGUGAACAACGCUCAGCUCAGUGACCUGCAGCUCCAGGUGGACAGUGGAGAGAUCUACUUUGCUCAUUCCUUCAUGGUGUAUGCUCGAUGCCCCCUGCUGGCAGAAAUGGUUCAUGAAAGUGGGUUUGGGGUGCAGGAGGCAGGCGUGCCUGCAGCCCAGAGGGUGCUGAUGAAUGACGUCCCGGGACAGGCGGUGUUUGCUUUACUGCAGUACCUCUACACCGCCCGCUGCUCCAUCCCCGCAUCACUUCGGCCUCACGUACUGGAGCUCGCGUCCAGGUUUGACUUGCAGGAGCUACAGCGGCUUUGCGAGCUCCGCCGGGACGAUGCAGCGACUCGGGAAGACGAGGAAGAUUACGCGAACCAGGAGGAGAACGUGAACAACCAAACGCAGCAGGCCCUCACGGAACUGCUCCGCUCCAUGUGGGACGAAGAGGACGAAGACGGCGAGGGCGUGGAUACGGAUGGAGGAAGGGACGAAGAGGGAGAACUGGAAGAAGAUCAUCAAGCCGAUGGCCUCGCGUCAGGUGACGGGGAGAUCCUUGAGGAGAAAGUGAACGAGGAAGAGCUGGAGGAGAUCUACGAGUUUGCCGCCACGCAGAGAAAGAGAGAGGAGGAGGAAGACAGCAAGGAGGAGGAGGAGGAGAAGGUAGACAGGGAUGAAGAUGGAGAAGAAAAGUUGACAAAACCCAAAAGAAGCUCAACCGGCUUCAGCGGAAAAAACCUGCAGCCGGACCCCAGCCUGGACCGCAGCUACAGUCGCCUCUUCUCCGACUCCUGGGGGGUCUACGAGGAAGAAGGUCCUUCCUCCUUACCUUCAACUUCCCGCCCGGCUAAGACACACACCCCUCAAUCCCAACAACACCAGUCCCCUGAUAAACCCGCCUCUAAACUGUCUGGCAGAACUUUGCUUCAGUCUUCAGCGAGCGCAGUUGACGAGCUUUCUCUCAGCCCUCCACCCAGUGCGUCCAACCUCCCUCUCCCGGGUCAGUCCCCUGGUCAGCUGGGUGACUGGAGCGGCGGUGGAGACAAGGGAACAGAUGGUCUGGCUUUGAAGCGAGACAGCCAAGGACCUCAACGUGUUUGUGUCCCUCUUUCUCCCGAAUCGCCUCGGGAAAAGAAGGAACCCGAGCUCAUAGUUUUGUCCGACUCGAGCGAGGAGGAGGAGGAGGAGCCACAUUCCCGUUCUCGCGCCGUCCAGAAACUGCAGAGCUACACCCAGGUCAAACCUCGGCCAACCCUGAGACCUAAUGAACCCACGCUGGAGAAUAAACAGUCCAGUAGCUUAGAGUUGAGUCCUGAUGAUCCAUCUGCAGCGCCGGUUGACAGUCCUCAGGGUCCCUGGUGUGAGCAGGAUCCAGCAGACUGUUCUCCAGAAGUGUCCUGGUUGAUCCCAUCCACACCGCUCCAGCCCGGAAGAAGCACCACGACGACCAGCUCCACUCAGACUAAAAGCAGCAUGUGCAGGACACAGCUGUUCCCUAAAGGGCGUACUUCCUCGCCGUCACCCUCUGUUUUCUCUUCUCCUGCUUUACCGUUGAACAACAGACUGCAAACCUCCAACAGUCCAACCAGAGUUUCUGCCCGCGUUGGCCCAGCGGAGGACAGCGUUCCCAAGUUAAACCUGGACGAGACCCAUAGCUCCAGCUUGGAUCUCAACUUUUGUUCUAAAAGAACAAGUAGUUGUGAUGUGAGUAAAGAAAGAGGAGUUUCUGCUUUUGCCCCGUGCCAACCUAACGUCUCAAAGCAGGAUACACCUGUCCACAUGCAGCCCCAUCCUUACAGCAGCACUCCUCUGCACACAGAGCUCCACAAGGCCCCCCUUCUUCCUGCCAGCUCCCUGCUCCACAGCAACCUCGAUAAGAGCUGGACACAUCCAGGAAGGGAUGGGGCGCCAUCUGAAAGCCCGGAGAAGACAGAGCUAGGGAGCUUUUAUCUUUCCCCCAUGUCUGAACCUUCAGAUCCACCCUUGUCUUCCUCUCAUGAAGUUCUUCAAAGUUCACAGAGCCCCCGCUCGGUUGAGUCCAGCAGUCACAACAACACAGGGCCUGAGCUCAAGAGAAGGGGGAUAAGAAAUGAGAAGGUAGGAGAGAUUGAGUGCGAAAAUAAAGCCACGGGUGAUGAAGGAGGGAGGGAUAAAGCGGAAGCUGGAGAGGCAGACGUUGCUGAAUCCAGUUUCCAGCAGAGCUUCACGGCCACGGACGAGCCUCCCAUAGCUUUCAACGACUCGUGGGGUUUCGACGGCUGUGUAGACGUGGAGGCCAACCCAGGCUGCUUCAGCCUGAGGCUGGAGGACAGCGGCGCGUCCAGCCAGCAAGGCGAGCGCAGCCUGGGACAAGGAGAUCCGGCCAGGUCAUCCUCCUCUACCGGCCGCCAACCUUCCCCAUCCCGUCCCGGUGUCCGUCCAUUGAACAGCCACGGCGGUGUGGAGGCCUCCUCUCCACCCAAAGGCCACAGUACACCACCCCCCGCCAGUGUACAGGCUCAUACAGGCCUUUCCUUCCCUCCUCCACCACCUGACCCCCCCACCCACACCACGCCAGAGAGGAUCCACAGCCUCCUGGACUCCAAAAUAUGGGACAGCUGGGAGGAGGAGGAGGAGGAGGAAGAGGAGGCUCUUCCUCUCUCUCAGAGGGUGAACCCUGCCGCCCAGCUCAAAACACCAGCAUCAUCGCACAAUAAAAGGCGUCGCACCUUGGUGGCCAUCACCCCCCUGCCCCACUACUCCGACAUGGACACACCAGAGCUCAAGAACAAGCUCACCAGGUUUGGUGUUCGGCCUUUACCGAAGCGCCAGAUGAUCCUCAAACUGAAGGAGAUUCACCAGUACACCCACCAGCUGGUCAGCUCCGACUCUGAGGGAGAGGCACCCUCGGCGGGCUGCACAGCUCGGACGAAGCACCCGCACACCAGUUCGGAGGUUCCUGGCAACAGGCCGGCCUCCUGCGCCCAGAGAGUGACUUUUAAAGAGCCCAGAGCGCCCGCUGCCGUCUCCCCUCUGAAACCCCACCGAGAGGAGGAGGCAGAGCUGCUGUCUGCCUCGCAGGGCUCCAACACCUCUUCCACUGCUGCCAGUGAAGAAUCUGAAAGGUCCAACCCAGAGCUGUGCCUCUCCUCCGACUCAGACAGCGAUGGCGGCAUCUCUGCCUCCCAGGCAGUGAACCGCCUCCAGGACCGCCUCCGGGCGGUGCGCUCCUUGAUCCUGUCUGACUCCCGACUGUACAGUCAGAUCCUCCAGUACCAGCCUCUGGUCUUGUCCCAGCUCCAGGAGCGACUCAAAGCAGCAGGGAUCCGCCUGGGUGCCGCCAAACUGGUGGACUACCUGGACUCUCAGUGCAUCACCUUCACCACGGCCAAACCGGGCCAAUCGGCAUCCAGCCGCAGGCGGGGCAAGAGGACAGCCAAGGGGACAAAAGCAGCACGGGACAGAGGAGUGGGCAGGAAAAGAGCUGUUACAGCCAUGAUUUAAAACAAAAAGGUUAAUGUAGAAACUGUGAUGACAGGUGGCAGGUUUUAAUGUGCUUUGAACAUUUGUCUGAAGAGGCCAGUAGAACAUUUGUGGUUGUUCUUGGACAGCUGGCACUCGAGUAGACUUUAGGUUUGAACAUGUUUUAAACUAUGUACAAUACAAAUGUUUCUUCAGGACAGGUUUUGUAAUUUAAGUGUUGUUUUAAAUGUUGCAUUAUGAACCUUCUGUGAAAAUUAAAAAAGGUAAAUGUUGCUGUGGUCCAUGUUUACAAUUAGUUCUUUUUGAUUAAAAAAUAAUUUCAG